AUGCUUGACGACACAGCGGAGAUGGCUACAAUUGAUGCACUGGGAAUAAGGCAUCGCCAAGCAUUCGUGCAAGCUCUGGCGAGAGUAAUGGAAACAGCCGUAGCGGAAAGGACUUUUGCGGAGAUCAUUGAUGGGCUCCCUACGAUUGAAUCGUACCAAGACUUCCACUGGCCUCAAGAAGGCCAUCCCGCCACUCAACAUCUUGAGCUCUGCCCUGGUAUGAUUGAACGAGCUCGUCAGUUACGUUCAGACUUUCCUGCUACGAGCCUGGCAUUCCGACUGCCGUUACUGCAUGCUUUUGCAGAUACCGCCAUUCAUUCGAGGCCAUUUCACCUGCGACUGUUUGAGCUGUUAGCUGUAUCUAUUCAUCAAAUUGCGGUAUACUUGUAUCAGCAAGAUGGUGCCAACCACACCCACGAAGACUAUCAAAAGUGGAUAGAUUCACCAUACGAUACCCGUCAAUGGGAUGGUUAUCGGCACCCGACAGCUUUCUGCCAUUCUUUUUAUACAGCGGUUGGGCGAUAUCCCGACGGGGAUGCCGAUACUGUUGGAUACUGGGCUGAAGCGAAGAUAUUCGGUGGGGUCGUCGUCUUCGACCGCGGAGAAUCAGAAUCAGAGUGUAACGAGCUGUACCUCCAUGCCAGUCGGCGAGUAGGCCCCUAUACUCUAUUCCCCCUCACAACGGACCAGUUCGAGAGAUUCGUCGAGUUCCUUCUAGGCGAUACAGAGGAGCAUACUGCAUCGCGAAGUCCUCUCCCAUUUAGAGCGACAUCAGACAAUCGUUGGCGGUGGCAUAACUGGGAUGCCAUAGCCCGAUAUCACAUAUUCCGUGAUAAGUACGAGCGAAACGUCCAACCAACCAAACCAAUCGGCGGUGUCAAGUCUUCGGUAGACUGGCCAGAGAUAGGUGAUGAGCUGUAUCUGAUCGGUGCAAUGCACGAUUAUUGGGAUGGCCAACCAGUAGAUAAAGACAAGGUUCGAGAGGCUCUGGAGCAUUUACAACAGGUCACUCCAUCGUCGCCAGCUUGGUCAACUAGGAACGCACAUUCAUGGACCAAGAACCUUUUUGAAUAG